GGUGGCUACGGGUGCAUUGUAUCCCGAUGGGAAACUUAUGGCUAUUGGUGGUUUAGUGUACAAAAUUGAUGCUGCAGUUAAAUUAGGGAUGACAACAAUUCUUCUUCCAAAGGAGAUGGAGGCAGAAUUUAAUGCAUUAUCAAUUAAUCAAAAACAAGGAAUUAAGGGAUUGUUUUGUGAUUAUUUUGAGGAACAAUAUGAUACAAUUUUUCCUCCUCCAUAAUAAUUUUAUGCAAAUAUUUUUUGUAAAUUAAGGAUUUAUUCAAUAAAAAAGUUUCAAAAAUUUAAAGUUAUCCAAAACAAUAAAAAUUCGAUAAUACAAAUAAGGGAUGGGUCGGGUUGGGGAAAAAGACGUAUUGGGGUUUAAAAUUUUCUUGGGAAUUAGGUUUUGGGGAUAAAAGUAGAUAUUUUAAAUAUGGUUAUUCUGUA